AUUGGAGUCACCGACAAGCUAGCUCUUUCCCACCAAGAUGCCACUUUUUGAAUCUCAUUUUGGGUACCGUGAUUACAGAUCAGCCAUGUGGUUCGUCUUUUGCAGUCACAUCUACAAGAAGAACCAUGAUGUAACCAAAACAUGGAAAGGAAAGCCUGAGCAGCUUCUCAGAGUAGAUGAUCAUGACUUCACCAUGAGGCCAGCCUUUGGAGGCCCUGCAAUUCCAGUUGGGGUGGAUGUACAGGUUGAAAGCUUGGACAGUAUUUCUGAGGUCGAUAUGGAUUUUACUAUGACUCUAUACUUAAGACACUACUGGAAGGAUGAACGCCUGUCAUUUCCCAGCACCACUAACAAAAGCAUGACUUUUGAUGGCAGACUGGUUAAGAAGAUCUGGGUUCCAGAUGUUUUCUUUGUUCACUCCAAAAGAUCAUUCAUUCAUGACACAACUACUGACAACAUCAUGCUGCGAGUGUUCCCGGAUGGUCAUGUGCUUUAUAGCAUGAGGAUCACUGUCACAGCAAUGUGCAACAUGGACUUCAGCCGAUUUCCCCUGGACACUCAGACUUGUUCUUUGGAGCUGGAAAGCUAUGCGUACACCGAUGAAGAUCUGAUGCUGUAUUGGAAAAAUGGGAAUGAAUCUCUAAAAACCGAUGAGAAGAUUUCUUUGUCUCAGUUUUUGAUACAAAAGUUCCAUACUACCUCGAGACUUGCUUUCUACAGUAGCACUGGGUGGUACAAUCGCCUGUAUAUAAACUUCACAUUGCGGCGCCACAUCUUCUUCUUCUUGCUCCAAACCUACUUCCCUGCCACUCUGAUGGUCAUGCUGUCCUGGGUGUCCUUCUGGAUUGAUCGCAGAGCAGUGCCUGCCAGAGUGUCAUUGGGGAUAACCACGGUGCUGACCAUGUCCACCAUCAUCACUGGUGUCAAUGCCUCCAUGCCCCGUGUUUCCUACAUCAAAGCUGUGGACAUCUACCUAUGGGUCAGUUUUGUGUUCGUCUUUCUAUCAGUGCUGGAAUAUGCAGCAGUGAACUAUCUGACUACAGUGCAAGAACGGAAGGAGAGGAAGCUGAGAGAGAGGUUUUCAUGUUCUUGUGGACUACCUCAUACAACUAUGAUGCUGGAUGGAAACUACAGUGAAUCUGAUGCCAACAGUUUGGCAGGGUAUACACGGAGCCAAACAGUAACCGAGGAAGAAAAACAAGAAAAGAUCAUGGUCCAUUUGGCCAUGAGCAAUGAAUCUAACUCAUCAAGAAAGAGAAGGCUGGGAAGCCAUGUGGGCCAGCGCAUCAUGCAGAACACUCAUGCAAUUGAUAAAUACUCAAGAUUAAUAUUUCCAGGCACUUAUAUAUUGUUUAAUUUGAUCUACUGGUCUGUCUUUAGCUAGAUAUGCAGAGGCAUUGACUGAAGCAGAAAACAUUUGCAAGACUUUGUUUGAGGUUUUAAGUCCAAUUUGAAUGAUAAACUAGAAAACUGAUUCUCCUGUUGCACCUUCGGAGAAUAAAGUACUGGCUAUGUCCUACAAUAGGUACCUGCUCCCAAAAGCAUUACAGGGAAUUUGUUGUGUCAUUUGCUCUCUACUUCACCGCUGCACUUCCCCUUGGCUUUAUGAUAUGUCCAUUUCUCACACUUGAAAACAUGCAGCUCUGUCUGACCAACUGUUGCCAUAAGUGUUGUUGGAGCUAGGCAGCGUUGAUGGUCCCUGACAUGCAGGGGGAAGCUACUGUUGAAGAAUCACCCAGCAUCAUUUGCUGGAUGAAAGUGCAGGGUCCAAUGUUUGUGGUGAGACGCCUGUAAAGAAUAUGUUUUAUUAGGAUAUGGAAUAAAUACUUGACUUUUAAAUGUCUAAGUAAAAUCAGACCUCUCUCUCUUCAGGCAAUUGGCUUUCUGCUUCUGUGGCUUGUAAACAAUGGCACUGUUUCAGGAAGCACACAUUCAACAAGCCACCAGGCAAAAUUCACGAGUCCUUAGGCAAAGUUCCCUUUAACUUCAGUGGAAGCAUUGUGCAAUUGCUCUACAGAAUCUGGCCUAUAUAGCCCACAUGGUUUAUCUGGCCAUGUUCAUAUGGUGUAAGGCAGCACCAUGGUGAGAUGUUGCUGUGUUCAGAAACACUGACUACUCUGCACGUUUCAGCUGUCGAAUGAAAGGCAGUCCUCUCAGAGAUGUUGCUUCCUGGCACUUUGGAGUCUGUGAUCAUUCCCUUGAUUUUUCUCACUAAAAAUGGGGAAUGAUGAUAAACUGAAGCCAAAAUACCACUGAGUUUAGGUAGCAUGGACUCUGGAGCUGGUUUGUUUUGAUCACAAGGAAAUUUAAGUAUCUUUGAAAGCCAACUGUGGCGUAUGAUGCACUGUGCCUGAGGGUUUACCACUCUGAAGUGGGUGUGAGGUUACAGUUUACACCCUAUGAUGAGUAUACAGAAAUGAGGAGUUGGUUCAGGAGCAGCUCUCCAGUUCUUCUCUUCAUGGGCCAAAGCAGAGAACAGUUUUGAGAACAACUUUGACUGCCUUACAGGAGCACAAGUUCUGCCCUCAGCCCUAACAGAAAAGUGCUGCCCACAGAGAAAAUAUAACCUAGCAUGCAGAGCUCUCCUCCGUAUCCUCCUGUCUUGGACUUCUGCAUGGAGAGCAAAAGUUGCAUUCUGGAACUUGUUGCCUCUGCAGGUGCAGCUUCAUUUUAAAGAUAAAGCUCAAUGAACUACACCUGUGCCACUGGCUAAAAGGUGCAAAUAAUUCCUUAGUAGAAACCUGAGACAACUAUGGCAUGCAUCAACUCAUGGCAUUUCAUGCAUCACCCAGUAUUGUCUCCUCUUCCACUGCUACUAAUGCUGUUAGCAACAUGCAAAACUUUUUCUACACAAUAGCAGGACACAGAUCACCUGAUUUGCUCUUUAAUUUUUAAGGACAUCUGCCUGCACAGUGGACGGUGGAAAUGAUGCUCUUAGUUGCAGCAUCUGGGUGCCAAGUUGAAACAUACUAAGGAUGGGCAGACCUGCAGUGGGAUGAUUCAGUGUUGAAGUCAGAAUCUGUUUCAACACUAUGAUUAAACAAAGCAAUGGACUAGUUUGCUGAUA